CAAGAGGACACUCGAGUGGUGGUGGUGUAGAGGCGGCCAUGAAGAGGAACCUUGAGGAGAUUGGUGGCUUAUCCUCUAGCCCCUCUGUAUCCCUCUCGGACCCUGCUGUACCCAUCCCCACCACACAGCAAGAGGACACGCGAGUGGUGGUAGAGGCGGCCAUGAAAAGGAAUCCCGAGGAGAUUCGCAUGGAGCCGUUUGGCAUCGACGCCAACAACCACGUGUUCUGGUUUUGCAACGACUCAGUGUUGGGCCAUCGGCUGUUCAAAGAGGGCCCACACGUUUUCAUCACACAGGAAGAGGCUGAUGCUGCUGCUGACUCUGCUUUUUCUUGUGCCCAACUUCCAUCCUCCAGAAGUGAGGAAGUGGCAGGGGCAGCAGAGGCAGCAACAGAGCGGCCAGAGGUGGCAGAGGUAGCACAGGUAGCAGAUAUGGCAGUGGUGCAGAGGCAGAAAGGCGGCAGAGGUGGCAGAGGUCCGGCAGUCUCCGCCCUCCUUCCGCCUCCAAACCCUGCUCCCAAGCCUGCUGCCAAGCCUGCUUCCAAGGGCACUCCCACCAAGGGUGGCAGCAAGAAGGGGAGAGGAGCCGAUGCUGCUGCUGCUGCUGGAGGGGAGGGGAGGAGGAAGGCAAAGAAGAAGGCCAAACCAGUUUUCCUGCCACCUGUGUGUGGCGAGUUCGCCACUGCAGGCCGUCUGCCUCACAGACUUCACAGCUCUCGCGACUUUACUGCUCUCGCGGUGAGUCACUUCACUCUGAGGAGAUCCCUUUUCAAGGACCUCAAUAUUGGCCCGGCUGGUGUUCCUGCCACCUGUGUGUGGCGAAGUUCGCCACUGCUGCUGUGUGUCUCACAGACUUCACUGCUCUCGCGGGACGACCUCAGCGCCAGUGUGCAUAACGCGGAUCAGCUUAUAGCGGAUCGCUUGGCAGAGGAGGCCAUACCUAAAGUGGAGCUAGAAGAGAAGCGCAAGGAGCGGCAUGCGAAGAGGCAGCAGAGGCAGGCGGCGCAGCUGGCAGCGCAGCUAGCAGCAGCCAUGGCAGCAGCGGGGCAGUACGCAGGGGGGUACGGCGAGGGGCUGGCUCUGGGUCGAUCGAGGCGGGAGAGGAAACCCGUGACCUACACCUUCGACGACUUUGAUCGUUCUAUCAACGAUGCCAUCACACUACCUUCCAAAUCUCGUGAGCUUCCCCCCGAGCACGCCCCCACUCGCGAGGGCCUCCGACAGCUGGCAGGGCGGCGCGUUUUGUCUGCUAGCGGCGAUGCGGUUGGUAGUGGUGUUGGGGGGGAUGGAGGAGGGGAAGGGGGUGUGGGAGGAGAGAGGGGAGGAGAGGGUGAGGAGGGAGAGAGAGAAAAGGGAGAAGAGAAAGGAGGAGGAGAAGAAGGGGAAAGAGAAGAAGGAAGAGAAGGGAAAGGAGAAGAGGGAGGAGAAAGAGGAGAAGAGGAAGACGGUUUGGGGGUAGGGUGCAGUGGGGAAGGUUCUUAUGGGGAAGGAGAGAUGGAAGAGAAGGGAGGCAAGAGCGAUGGUAAGGAGGGUGAUAGUAAUGAUGGUGAUAGUAGUGAUGGUGAUUGGAACGAGAGUGGUGAUAAUACAGGGGAUGGGAGUGAUGGUGAUGAGAAUGGGGGGGCACGGAAAGAGAGGAGGGAGGAAGGAGGAGAGGAGGGGAGGGGGCGGGGAGAAGGAGGGGAGGAGGGAGAGGAGUAUGAUGAGGGGGACAAGGAGCGGGAGAGUGGGGGUGAAGGGGAAGAAGAGGAAGGAGAGGUUAGGAAGUUAAGGGUGAAAGGGGAGAGAAGAGAGAGUGGUGGCACUGAGAGCAGAGAAGGGAAGGAGGGGAGAGAGGGAAGAGCAGAGGCGGAAAGGAAGGAUGGAGAGGAGCAGAGGCUAAGGAAGAGACAACUGAGGGAGGGACGGCGAGAGGAGGAUGGGGCAUUGGAUGAGUGGUUGAAGGGAUCGGGAGGGGAGGGAAGGAAGCGGCGAAAAGGAGGCUAUGUGGGUGAUUAUAACGAGGAUGGAGUGUUGGGGAAAGAUGAGGGCGAAGGGGGGGGCCAAGAGGAAGGGGAAAGGGAAGAAGCGGAAAGUGAGGGAAAGAAGGUGGAGAGUUACGAAGAGAGGGGAGAAAGGACGGCGGAGGAGGCAGAGGAGGGGGGUGAGGACGAAGGGGAGAGGGAGGAAGAGUAUGGGCUUGAGAAGAAGAAGCAGGAAGAGGAUGGUGGUGGUGAUGAAGACGCUUAUAACGAGGAUGGUCAAAGAGAGCCGAGGAAGGGAGAAGCGACGGGCGGAGGGAAGGGAGUGAGAUUGGGGACGAGCGUGAGGGAACAAAUGGAGGAGGGAGCGGAUGGGGGAGUGGAUGGGGGAGUGGAUGAGGGUGGGGGGAGAAGAAGGAAGGAGAAGAGAAGAAAAACUGAAGCUGUAUUGAGGAGGGCAGCAGAUGAAAGUGGAUUAGAGGCAGAGGAAGGGGAUGGAAAGAGAAGGCUCAGGAGAAAAGGCGCUGGCUUGGUGGCUUUUGAGUCGACUCAAAAGCCAUCCGUUGUGACUGGCUUAGUGGCAGAGGAAGGGGAUGGAAGGAGAAGGCUCAGGAGAACAGGCGGUGGCGUGGUGGGAGGGGAAUUGGGUGGGAAUGAGGGGAUGCAGGAAGGGGGUGGUGGAGUGAGGGGGAAUGGUGGAGUGAGGGGGGAUGGUGGAGUGAGGGGGGAUGGUGGAGUGAGGGGGGAUGGUGGAGUGAAGGGGGAUGGUAGAGUGAGUGCAAGGACUAGGUGGGGAGGGAGGCGUCCUGAUGGUGUGUCGUUUAAAGAAGAGGGGAGUGGGGAGGAGGAGAGUGGGGAGGAGGGGAGGGGCGUGGAGGAUGGAUGGAAGAGUGGGGAAGAGGAUUGGAGCGCAGAGGAGGAGGAGGCAGAGGCAGGGGAGGAGGAAGGGAGUAGGAAGGGAUUGGGAGGGGUGAAGCGGGAUACCCGUGGAAGUUUGCGAAGGAAGGAGGGGAGAGAGGGGAGGGAGGGGAGGGAGAAGAAGGAGAAGAAGGGAAAGAAGGAGAAGAAAGAGAAGAAAGAGGGGAAGGAGGGGAAGGCUGAAGGAGUGCAUGCAGCGAACGGGCGAGGAGGGGGGGAGCGGGACAGGUCUGACAGAGUGAAGGCUGGGUUGGCCUCCGAUAUCCUGCCCUUGCGGUUGCUCAGGUGGGCUCUCCUCUCUCCUCACGUGCUGCCCCUCAGAUUUGAAGGAGUGCGUACAGCAAACAGAGGAGUGGAGAGUGGCAAGUGUGACAGAGUGAAGCCUGGGUUGGCCUCGGAUAUCCAGCCCUUGCGGUUGCUCAGGCGCCGGCUCAAGAAAAGGCGGAACUGUGCCGAAUUUUUGGAGGAGGACGGGGAGAAAGAGAUGCCUGAUGCGAUGCAACGCGGUACCGACCAAAGAAAAAGCGGAGCCUUGAGGCGCCUCAAAAGUCUACUCCGUUUCAACCCCUUCAUCUCCCUCUCCUUCCCAUUGCUGCUUAUCAGGCACAGACCGAAGAAAAAGCGGAGCUAUGUUGAUAUCUUGGAGGAGGAAGGGGAGGAGGAGAGGCGGGAGGAAGGGGUUGGGGAAGGAGCAGCUGCUGCUGAUGCUGAUGCAUCAGCAGAUGAAGGGACGCCCACAGGAGUGAGGCGCAGCGGCAGGAAGAGGAGGGAGCGGAAUUAUAGAGACCUGGUGAACGCGAAUGAUGGGGAGGAUUGGAUCUUCUCCAGUGAGGACGAGGGCAGGGGGCGAGGGGGAAGAGGAGCAAGAGGGAAACGAGGGGAAGGAGGAAAAAGGAGACGGAUAGGAGGAGGAGGUGGGGGGGGAGAGAGGCGGAGGAGGGGAGGAGGGGGAGAGGUAGGAAGAGGUGGUGGUGGGGGGGUGGGAGGAGGAGGUGGGGAAGGAGGAGAGGAGUUUGGGACGAGGAGAAGAUUGAUGGUGAGUGGGCAGGGUGUGCAAGUGGGGGGGGGAGUAAGAGAGGUUGAGGUUGGUGAACAAGGUUUGAGUGCGGUUGAGGGCGGUAGAGAGGGAGUGAGUAGGGCUGAGGGUGGUAGAGAGGGGGCUGAGGCUGGAGAGAGGAUAGAGAGGAGAGAGAGGGGAGAGAGGAGGGAAAUGGGGAGAGGGGAGGAGCUAGGCAGUCCCACAGGUGACAGUGGGAGUCCCAAGUGGGCGGGUGUGAGGAGGAGGAGGACCCAGCAUGCCGAGACUCAUGGUGACAGUCAGAUGCACCUGGCGGGGCACGUGGCGGACCCUUCACAAGGUUGA